AUGUUAAGAACUAUUGAUAAAGAAGAGCAAUCUUCUGGUAUUUGUCGAUUCGAUGAAGGUUUGUUUUAUAUUUUUUUAAUAAAAAUUUUUUUUAAAGAUUUCUAUACAUGUUUUUUGAAUCCUGCUGAAGUUUUAAAAGGAUAUGGUUUACCUUCUGAAUUAAAAAAUCCAUUUAAAACUGUUGAUCCAAAAAAUUUACUUAUUACUUCACAACCUGAUCGUGUUAAACGUCCAAGAAAAUUUUUAUUUCCAUUUAUGGUAGAUUAUUUUUAUUGGGUGAUGGAUAAAUUUCGAAAAUUUCAACAAAUUUUUGAUGAAGAUUUUAUUUUUUCUAAAACUGAUAUUCAACAUGAAAAAGAUGAGAAUGGAAAUUUUGAAGAUUCGAGUUCAAAUGAAUAUUUUCCUAUUUAUAGCAAUUUAUUUGAAUUUUCUCUUCAUUAUGGACUUUUACGUUUAAAUUCGGAAAUGCGUCAAGAAUUGGGAGUUAAUAUUAUGGAUGUCCAGCUUGAUAUUCGAAAAGAUAAAUGUUUGAAAGAUUGGAGAGAUAAACCUUUAAUGCGUUUAUUAAUUGGAAUAGAUGAAUUGGUUAUGUCUUCAGUUAAACAACUUUCUGAAAAUCAAACAGAGAGAGGUUAUUUACGCGACUUAAUUAAUGGAGAACUUUAUCAUUUUGUUAAUGUUGGAGAAACUUCUGCAAGUAGAUAUUUGACAGCAUUGUUUGUUAUGCUUAUUUUUACAUUUGCAAUUUCAAUGCUUCUUCGAUUUAGUCAUGAUCAAAUUUUUGUUUUUAUUGUUGAUUUAUUUCAAAUGUUUGAACAAAAUCAACCUUUAAUUUUCCCUAUUGCUCCUCUUUUAACUGUUAUUUUGGCGUUAGUUGGAAUGGAAGCAAUAAUGAGUGAAAUAUUUAAUGAUACAACAACUGCUUUUUAUGUUAUUUUAUUUGUUUGGAUGGCUGAUCAAUAUGAUGCAAUAUUUUGCCAUUCAUCAAUUGGGAGACGUUAUUGGUUGAGAUUUUUCUACCUCUACCAUUUUGCUUUUUAUGCUUAUCAAUACCACUACAAUGGUAAAUUGUUUUCAGAAAUUUUUUUAAAUACCUAUAAAGGUGUGUAUAGCAGUUUGGCUUUAUUAACUUCAGCUGCAUUUACUCUGCAUUCGAUGGUUUAUUUUUUCCAUCAUUAUGAACUUCCAUAUAUUAUAUAUCAAGAACGCUUAAUUAAUGCGGUUAGACGAAUAAAUACUGAGAAUGGAGAUGGAAAUGUUGAUUUGGUUAGAAUUAGGCAAGUGGAUGAAAUUAGAAGUAGAAUGACUUUACAAAGUAGAAAUACUUUAAGAGCUACCAAUAUUGAAAAUAGGCCAAGCAAUGAUGUGUCAACUACUAUUAGAGGAGCAGUGGAAAUUUUGGAAAAUAUUGCUGCAAAUGAACCAAAUAAUCAAGAUAUUCCAACAUCUACAAAUAAUUUUGAAAAUAAUUUGGAGCAAACAAAUGAAAGUUUAACAACAAGUGUUGCUGUUGAAAAUCAAAGUUUUUCGUCCAAUCUACCAUCAGUUGAAAAUAUGGCCAAUUCUAUUGUUGAUGAAGCAAUACAAGAAGCGGGAUCAUUUGUUUCCUCUUUAGAAACACAACGAAGGCUUCAAAAUAUUUAA